AUGUCUUCCGCUGACAUUGCUGCCGUUCCGGCGGUCCAUAUCUCAGCACCAGCAUCCAUCACUUCGGCCAAUUCUUCGCCCUCGCCGUCCACCACCAGCCCGGCUGCCUCCGUCCCUUCGGCUUCCUCGUCUCGCCGCCCGCAACGCAAGAGCACUCUCACGCAACAGCAGAAGAACCAGAAACGCCAACGCGCCACUCAGGACCAGCUGGUAACCUUGGAACUGGAGUUCAACAAGAACCCGACUCCGACUGCCGCGGUGCGGGAACGCAUUGCCCAAGAGAUCAACAUGACCGAGAGAUCGGUGCAGAUUUGGUUCCAGAACCGACGGGCCAAGAUCAAGAUGAUUGCCAAGAAGAGUAUCGAAACCGGCGAGGAUUGCGACACCAUCCCAGACUCCAUGCGCCACUAUUUGGCCAUGCAACUCGACCCUCACAAACCCGGUGCCCGGGACUUGUUUGGACGAGCCAGCGGAAUGGGCGGCUUCGGCAGCGGCUUUGCUGGCGAGGCUGGCCCUUCAGGCAAGGUUAUGAUCCACCACUUCACUUGUCGGUCGCUGAGCAUUGGAAGCUGGCGACGAAUUGGCCAGAACGCCAUGGACCUCGUCAUCUUCUACUCUCCCGACAAGGCCACGAUGACCUACUACAUCAACAACGACUCGGCCGGCUACAAGAUCGAAUACCCGUUUUCGUACAUCAAGAACGUGAUUCUGGAACCUGGUGACCCGACCCCCAAUCCAAAUGGCGGCCUGCCAAGGGGGGGUGGCUUGCUCGUGGAAUUGAUGCGGCCACCUUUGUUCUACAUGGAUUCUUCCAACUCUGGUGGAUUCUACCAAUGUGGCGAUUUCACAGAAGACCAGCAAGCGAGCCGAGUCAUGGUUCACCAUCUCGGUGGCCACCCCAAGGUUCUCAGCGUUCAGCUGGCCAAACUGGUGUCUUUGGAUACAUUCCAGAACCGAUUGAAUUUCAACUAUGCCGUAUCGGCCCCAGUCACACCGCCUCACCCUAUCCACCGACCGGCUUCGCAGCCAAACCAGUUUCCUCUGGCCCAAAUCGGCAUGUUCCCAGAGCCGCAUCUCAGUGCCAAUCACAUGCCUCGUGGUCACAAGCGCCAGCGAAGUCGGUCGGUGCCGCCCGCAGUGGACUUGUCCUACCUGCAUACUCCGAUACCUUCGUUUCAGAUGCAGCAGUCUAUGUCUCAUCUCACGCCCAACUCGACUCUCUUCGCGCCGAUGCCUCAACAUGGUGCCUUGCAGGGAUUGGGCAGCGAUCUGCGCAUAGACACCAACGCCGCGUACCCUGUUGAUCCACGAACCUACCCCAUGUCGGCAACUGCUACGAGUAGUAUCUCUGACUACGCCAGUCCCCCUUUCUUCAGCGCUGCACCUUCUGAGACGGUACCGAUGGGCACCACGACUGCCGGUACUCAAUUCAGUUUGCCUUAUGUCUCAGCCUCGCCAAUGAUGGACCAGUCGAUGACCCAACAACCAUCGAUGGCUAAUGUGAACCACACUGAUCCCUAUAUUGCCGACCACUCACCUCCGCUCUCUGCCAUGCAUACGCCGGGAUCGGUCGAUAUGUUCAAUUUCAACAAUGGCACGCAAAGUGGCGUUUCUGAAGACGGCUUAAUGCUGAAUGACAUGUACUCGAAGCACAACAUCAACAACUUUUCGAUGGACGGCCCCAAGUAUGACUUUUCAUUGAAUGGAAUGUCGGAGCCGCAAUCGCAUAACAUAGCUGGAGACCUCGCUGGUAUUCAGUCGUACGAAAUGAUCGAUCCUACUUCGUCAUGA